AAACAAAAGAGUCUCGCCGGCGUCCCCGCCCGCACACUCGCGCACACUCGCGCUCGGGCGCAGACGGAGCAGGGACCGGCGCCCGGAGCGAGCCAGGGAGCGGCGAACCGGGGACCCACCGCGCGGAGCCAGCUGAGCUGCCAGCGAGCCCAACUCGCGACGACCCACGCCCCCGAGCCCCGCCGCCGACCCCUGCCGGCCGGUGUCCCCACCGCGAUCCCUGACCCAUGGCGCUGAAGCGGAUUCAGAAAGAAUUAAGUGAUCUACAGCGCGAUCCACCUGCUCACUGUUCAGCUGGACCUGUGGGAGAUGACUUGUUCCACUGGCAAGCCACUAUUAUGGGGCCUCCUGAUAGCGCAUAUCAAGGUGGAGUCUUCUUUCUCACUGUACAUUUCCCGACAGAUUAUCCUUUUAAACCACCAAAGAUCGCUUUCACAACAAAAAUUUACCAUCCAAACAUAAACAGUAAUGGAAGUAUUUGUCUCGAUAUUCUGAGGUCACAAUGGUCACCAGCUCUGACUGUAUCAAAAGUUUUAUUGUCCAUAUGUUCUCUACUUUGUGAUCCUAAUCCAGAUGACCCCUUAGUACCAGAUAUUGCACAAAUCUAUAAAUCAGACAAAGAAAAAUACAACAGACAUGCAAGAGAAUGGACUCAGAAAUAUGCAAUGUAAAAUCAAAAACAUUUUCAUAUAUACCAGAGUACUGUAAAAUCUAGGUUUUUUUCAACAUUAGCAGUAAAUUGAGCACUGUUUACUGUUUCAUUGUACCAUGAAACCAUUUGAUUUUUACCCAUUUUAAAUGUGUUUCUGAAGCAAGACAAAACAAACUUCCAAAAAUACCCUUAAGACUGUGAUGAGAGCAUUUAUCAUUUUGUAUGCAUUGAGAAAGACAUUUAUUAUGGUUUUUAAGACACUUGGACAUCUGCAUCUUCAGCUUACAAGAUCUACAAUGCAGCUGAAAAGCAACCAAAUUAUUUUUUGCUGAAACUAGAUGUUUUUACAUGAGAAAUACUGUAUGUGUUGUCUAAGAUGUCAGUUUUAUAAAUCUGUAUUCAGAUUUCAUUCUUUGUUAGCUCACUUUAUAAUUUGUAUUUUUUUACUGUAUAGACUAAAUAUAUUCUAUUUACAUGUACGUCGACUCAUUACUUUUUUCCUGUGAACAGUAUUGAAAAACCCCAAUGGCUGAUAAUUAAGUGAAUUAACUGUGUCUCCCUUGUCUUAGGAUAUUCUGUAGAUUGAUUGCAGAUUUCUUAAAUCUGAAAUGAUCUUUACACUGUAAUUCUCAGCAUACUGAUUAUGGAGAAACACUUGUUUUGAUUUUGUUAUACUUGACUUAACUUUAUUGCAAUGUGAAUUAAUUGCACUGCUAAGUAGGAAGAUGUGUAACUUUUAUUUGUUGCUAUUCACAUAUGAAUUUUUUCCUGUAUAGGCAAUAUUAUAUUGACACCUUUUACAGAUCUUACUGUAGCUUUUUCCAUAUAAAUAAAAUGCUUUUUCUACUAUUUGUCUUGAUUACUUAAAAAAAUAAAAAUAUAAGUAAGGAUCAAAACUCUAAAAUUUUGCAUGAAAAUUACUUCCAAAUUGUGAAAAUCAGAUCUAUUUUGUUUGCCAUUAGUCACCAUUAGUUAUAUAAAUUUUAUUGUUUUAGGUUAGUAUUUCUUUACCAAAUUGUCAGUCUGUAAGAUGAUAUAUGUUGAUCCCUUGCUGUAGAGGAGAAUUUAGAGUAAUUUGGGGUUUGUCUUGGAUUAUAUCUAAAUGGAUUAUUUGUUAAAAGUACUGAAAUGAGUAUAAGGCGGUAUCACCCAUCCUAAAGGAAGGUCUUUAUAGACCUGCACAGUCACUAAAUUCAUUAAAAUGCCCCCACCCCAAUGUAACUGACGUUACAUUUCUUAACAUUUUAAAAUCUAGAAUUUCUAAAAUGGAAUUUAAUGCCAUCACAAUUUGAAAAACUUUUUUUUUUUAACUAUAGAAGUUACAAAGGAAGUUCUAAAAUUAUGCCUCCCUCUGUUUUUAUAAGUUGCCAUCGAAAAGUGAUUUAAAUAGGCAGGUUAUCUUUACAGAUUUUAAAGAAAACUAGAACGUCUUAAUGUUUUAACUUGGGGAAAAAAUACAUCUUUUUAAUGUUUAGCAUGCUUGUUAACCUUGAGUGAGUGUCAUUUUUAAGAACAGUUGUAGCCCUUCUGAUUAUUGCAAUAGCUGUAGAAGUGUGUAAGAAUAUGUGAUGGGUGUAGUCAUUAGCAAAGCAUUUAAAUCACUUGAGUAUUUUGUCAUGGUUAAUUAUUACUAAAGCACAAAAUAACCUAUUGUUAGAAAAUAUGUGUUUUUAUAAAUGAAUGUAAAAUAAUUAAAUGAAUUGUGAAAUGGAUGUUUAAGAAAAUAUAGGCUUAAAAAGUAAAUCUAUAAAACGAUGUCUUAAAACAGCCAUAUCAUGAAAAAUUAUACUUAGCUAUAUUAUUAUAAGCUACAUUUGCCCUGAAUUUGAACACUCAACAUCAUUAGAUUUAAGUAUUUAGUAUAUUUUGAUAAAGGGUUUUGUUUCUUCAGUAUCUUCAUUUUAAACAACGACAUAAAAAAACAACUUUCAUUUGUGUGGCAUUUAUUUUUGGAAGUGUCUUCUUUUUUUUCUUUAUUAAAGUUUUUGAAACUUG